CAUGCCGACGAUGCCGUCCGUGCUCGUGUCCCCAGCGCCGGCCUUGGUGCUUCUCCUCAUCACGGCCAGCUUGGCAGCUUCCCAAGCGGGGAUACACUGCGGGUCGAAAGAGGCGGCAUCCCCUGUUGCUUCUUCUCCCUCCCCAUCACCUGCCACCAACGGCACCAUGUUCGCCGACAACCUCCGGACGCUCCUCUUCGCUCUCCCCGACGCCGCGGCGCCCACGGGGUUCGCUUCCCUGUCCAACGGCACCGGCCGCGACCGCGUCUUCGUCCGCGGCAUCUGCCGCGGCGACUCCUCGGAAUCACAUUGCCUCGCUGACCUGCGGUCCGGGACCAUCGACCUCAUCGCCAGCUGCACCGCCGCUAGCCGCCGCGCGACGGGGUUCUACGACAAGUGCAUCGUCACCUACGCCGACAUCAACGCCUCGACGGCCGGCUUCAGCUUCGAGGAGGAUGAGCUGAGCGAGAUUCUCUACGACGGCCGCAGAGUGGCCGACCCGGACAACUACGAGAAGACGUACUACGCGCUGAUGAAGCGGCUGGUGGCGCGGGCUGCUAGCGGCAACGGCUCUGCGUCGGCGAGGACGAGCAUGUUCGCUACCGGGGAGGCGGAGUACAACCGCAGCAUCCCUAACGGAACCAUGUACGGGCUGGUGCAGUGCAUGAGGGACCUCAGCGCCUCCGAGUGCGGGCGGUGCCUGCAGGCGGCGGUGCCGCAGCUGCCGACGUGCUGCUCGGGGUAUCAGGGAGGGGUCGUGCGAAGCUUCAACUGCCACCUGCGGAUUCAAUUGUACACUUACUACGACCUGGCGCUCGACGCGCCUCCGGGCGCCGCUGCACCGUCGCCGCCCUUGUCCGACGAACAAAGACACCGAAAGAGGAGAUCAGAGCACAUCAUCCUUGCAGUCGCACUUGCAGUUGGAGCACUGCUCGUCCUAGUAGUCGCGCUUGUUUUUGUUCGUCAACGGAGGAGAAGGAUCGAGGCGCACAAGGAGCAAAGUGAUAAUGCAGCCGAUGGCUUGGACUGUUUUAGUCUGCAAGUGUUAAAAGCCGCGACAUCUAAUUUUUCUAUACAAAAUAAACUCGGAGAGGGAGGAUUCGGAGAAGUUUUUAAGGGCGAAUUGCAGGGUGGAAAGGAAAUAGCGGUGAAAAGGUUGUCAGAGAACUCCACGCAAGGGUUCAAUGAGCUGAAAAACGAGCUAGUGUUAGCCAACAGACUUAGGCACAGGAAUCUGGUGCAGCUUCUGGGCGUUUGCUUCCAAGAGAAACUGCUGGUGUACGAAUAUAUGCCUCAAGGGAGCCUAGACUCGAUCCUUUUUGAUCCUGAGAAGGCACAUCAACUGGACUGGACGAGAAGGACCACGAUCAUCUCUGGGAUUGCCCGAGGCCUGCUAUAUCUCCACGAGGAGUCUCCUCUGAAGAUCAUACACCGAGACCUGAAGCCAAGCAACGUCUUGCUGGACCUGGACAUGAACCCCAAGAUCUCAGACUUCGGUCUGUCUAGGGCUUUCGGUGGAGAUCAAUCGAUCGACAUAACGAAACGGCCUGUCGGUACGCUUGGGUACAUGUCUCCGGAGUACGCUUACUGUGGCCAAGUCUCUGCCAAGUCGGACAUGUAUAGCUUCGGAGUCAUAGUUCUAGAAAUUGUGACUGGUCGGAGGAACAACAGGUCACUCGAAGACGCGGCCUCCAGAUCUCUGCUCAGCUACGUAUGGGAGAUGUGGAGCACAGGGUCCGUGGAAGAGCUGGUGGAUGCUUCCCUGGGCGGACGUUACCCCGAGAGCGAGGCGCUCUACUGCGUGCAGAUCGGGCUACUUUGCGUCCAGGAGAAUCCGAGCGCUAGGCCGGAUGCGUCGGAGGUGGUCCUCAUGCUCAACACCCACUCCAUGUCUACGGCUUUGCCGGCUCCCUCGAGGCCGGCCUUCUGCUUCUCACAACCUGGUGUUGUUGCCUUGGCCGGAGGGAACCAGACGUCCAUUUACCCGAGCACCCUCGAUGGGACGACGAGCAGCGGCCAGCUGCCUACCCCCGGUUUCUCGGAAAACGACGUGACAAUCUCCGAGCUCCAGCCUAGGUAG